AUGGAAGAACAACACCAGACCACAAAGCUCCUCGACCUCCCGAUCGACAUCCUCCUCCUCAUAUUCCCAUACCUCGACGCACCAUCCUUCCUCAGCUUGACGGCCACCUGCAGAGCACUACACAGCACCGAGAUAUUGCAUGACAGUGCCUUCUGGUCCCACCUCGUCCGCCGCGACUUCCGUGUUCCAAAUCAGCCCGUAGUCCAGAAUGAUGGGCACCGCUGGCAGAAGCUGUACAAAAGGCUUCGAACACAAGCCAAGAUCUUCACAUGGGGCAACAACGAGAAAGGAUGCCUGGGUCAUUCCUACGAAACACCCAUGAUUACAUCUCCCGGUCCCGGCGCCCGAAGAGGACGUAGACGCCAUGUGAACUGGCCGGUGGAAAUGCAGGGCAUUACGAAAGCAAUGGGUGUGAUCUCGGAUGUGCAGUGUGGAGGCUGGAGUACGACUAUGUUGACAAGCAAGGGAGCGCUCUACAUGGUGGGAGUCAUGGACGGCUUGUUUUUCGAUCGAAGGCAGCCGCCGUAUGUACAGCGGGUUCAGGCGCAUCCUGUUGCGCUAAAGUUUCCGGACGGGUACCCGAAGGCUGGGGAGCGGUAUGAGCCCGCUACUGCACUUCGCCAGUUCUCUAGUGGGAGAGCUCAUGUGCUUGCCCUGAGUGACAGUGGGAGGAUUUGGACCUGGCAUAACGCAGAUCUACCGGGCACACAUGUGAAGUUCGUGCACCACGAAACGAAAGAAGAUGGGCGGGAGCGUGGCAGAGGAGCGAUCAAAAAUGUGGUGGCUGGAUGGAACAAGUCUGCGGCAUACAUCGAGGGAAGUGGAAUCGUGAUCUGGGAGCCGCUCCAGAUGUCGCAAGCAGAAUGCGAUGAAACCGACACGGCUUUAGUCCUGGAGACUGCCGUGGUGCCUGGAACGAAGUUCAUCACUUCAAAGCAUGCCAAAGCCGACGAUACAGACGCGGCCAUCGGCGAAGUACAGAGCUUCAUUGUGUUGGAGGCCGCUAUCGUAUUCAAUACUUCGCUCGGCAAGGUGUUUGCAGCACAGAUCAUCUGGGACGACGAACAGCAGACGGUGAAAGAUCCUAUCGAGCUUCAAAUGUCUGGCAAGUCCGACGACCCUGAGUUUGUGACAGAUGUUCAAGGCUCAUUCCAGAACUUCGCCAUCUUUACUAAGGCGGGCGCCGUACUAACCAGCAACCUGGACACGCUUAUGCCAAUGCUUCAGCGCACCAAUGCCUGGAUGCAAUCGAGUCCAGCUGGGCUCUUCAGGAAGAUUCCUGCGUUACAAAACAAGCAAGUCAUAUCUCUUGCAUUUGGCGACUACCACAUCCACGCCCUCCAUGCGCCAGGCCACAUUACCAGCUACGGGUACGAGCCGCAAGGGUGCGGUGCUCUUGGUCUUGGUGGGAGUGGCACACCCGAAAACCGUCUUCGCGGGAUCCGCAACCAGGAUAUCGGCGGCGAUGGACAUUUGGUACCACAUGCCUACACAGAAGGACGUCAAGUUUGGUUUGAGGAAGAGAAGAGACAAUGGGUGCGAUUCUUAACUUCAGGUGGUGUCGAUCAAGCAGAAGCUGCGGAGCGCAUCAGGCUCGCAAUUGGCAGUCCUGACGUUGCAGCUCAAGGCGAAGUCAGCGAGUGGAUUGAGCAGCAAGGACGUGAUUGGGAGAGUAAGUUCAACGUCGCCGGUGACAGCGACGGUGGGCUGGGUGCUUACUUUGCCCUAAGCGUGACUGCUGCAGGAUGGCAUUCUGGUGCACUAGUCUUGGUCAACGAGACAACUGCUCAGAACCUAAGCCGUGCUGUUGAAGUACCUGACGCCCCGCCUGCCACCAACGACAUCGAUAGCCUGCCGUCUCAUGAAGAAGGACCAAGUAGUUCACUGCCGCCGCGUUCAGCACCUACGCCAAUCACGUCACAGGACACGUCUUACCUUGGGCAAGCUCUUGACUGGGGUCGAUAUUUGCUAGGACUACCACCGUACAACGUCAGUGCGGCAAGCCAUGGUCCAGACCAGGUACGCGCGGACAUCAGGCUACGAUCACAGAAUGUCACUCGCGACGCACACCACAAUCUGGAGCCGAUCAAUUAUGGCGCAAGCCCCCGUAAUGGGUACAAAUACGUCUGGGCAGAUGAUCACUUUCCUCGACUGAGGCUCAGUAAUGGUACUGAGAUGCCGGGUGAGGUGGGUUUUGAUGAGUGGAGGUAUGGGCGGCCGGAGUGGAAGCUCGACUGGCAAAAUGAUGUUGAACAGGCCUCGGGUGACGACUGA